AUGAGCGUCGUGAGAGGUUGUUACUACGAUAACAUGGACGGAAGAGAUCUUUGCACUAUGUUAAGAUCGAAAAUCGUCGAUCAAUCGAAUUUGCCAUUUUGCGAAACGUGUACCGGAGAUUCGUGCAACGGUUCUUCUAGAAUGUUCGGAUCAACCACCAACACAUUAUUAUUCAUUACUUUAUUACCAAUGAUUGCUUAUUACUUUAACACGCACAAAUUGUAA